AUGCGUCAACGCCAGCCCUCGUACCGCACGUAUACACUUGACCACUCCCACCGUUGGGAACACCUGGCCGCCGACAUGGACGAUCGACCGCGCGCCGGCGCUACAAAACGGCCGAUGCCAGCUCUCUGUCUCGCCACGGCCCAUAAGAUAGACGAGGACGACCUCGUCGCCCGUAGCGCAGAACACGGCAAUGCCGAGGUUCCGACGCAAGUUCUGGCGGCGCACGUGGAGCCGCCGGCCGGCGGUGGUCCUGGGAUGGGCGACGACGGCUUAGGCGACGGCGUCGCCUCGGGUCGGUACGACAUCGGAUCGGCCGCCGAGACAAGCUCUGUAGCUGACAUCAACGAUGCUGACAACACCACCGUACUCGAGCGGGAGGGGGGAGAUCAUACGACGACCGAGGCGAGCCCUGCUGCUAAGACCAGCGAUGCGGGCAACAAUAUUAUGUCUGAGAGAGAGAGUGAAGACCUUGCAACGGCCGGUACGAGCCUUGCAGCUAGCAUCAGCAAUGCAGUCGACGCCACCAUGUCCGAGAAGGCGGGGGAAGAUAAUGCAAUGACUGAGAUGAGCCCUACAGCCAAGGCCAGCGGUAUGGAUAACACCAUCAUAUUUGAGCGGGAGGGUACAGGUUAUCGCCAGAGCGAUGGUUGCCCGGAAUGCUUCAGAGAUGAACCGUUUGCGACUCGGCGGGCCGUGCCCAUGCAAAACGGAGAACCGGCUCCCGUUAGGGAACCACGGCCAGGAUGGUAG